AUGACCCUCCCCAUCGUCGAUUCACACGUCCAUCUAUGGACACAAGCACAACUUGAAACACUUGCCUGGCACACUGCAGACAACCCCCUCGGGGUCCAGCAUUCUGUCGAGGAGUAUUUAUCUUCUGUUGGCUUGGACCAAGUCACACAGAACAAAAGCCAUGGCUUAGAACCAGCAGCAGCAUCACAGAAAUACCUCUUGCGAGGCUUCAUAUAUCUUGAAGUGGACCGUAAAUCUUCCGUGGACGAGCAAAAUGAUGGCAAGGAAGGUAGUUGCUGGACACACGUCCUUGAUGAAGUCUCCUUUUUGGCGCGCAUAGCUCGCGGGUUGCCCCUGAAAUGCGAGGGACAUGUUGAAUCUCACAAGCAGAUGCUCCUCGGCUUUGUGCCCUGGGCGCCAGUGCCCGGUGGUCCGGUUGUGUUGGAGAGAUACUUGGCGCUUGUAAAAGAGCGCAUUAUCAUGACUCUCUCAGAACCGUCUUUUCUGAAGAAUAUAGAUGAUGAUGAUGUAUGGAAAAAGCUGCGGGGUGUUCGAUAUCUUGUCCAGGACAAGCCGGCUGGUACCAUGCUUCAGCCCGGGUUUGUCGAGGGAUUGAAGUGGUUGGGUAGACAGCAGUUGGCGUUUGAUUUGGGCGUGGACGCUAGACAAGGAGGUUUAUGGCACUUGCGAGAGGCAGUUGAGUUGAUGCGGAGAGUAUACCAUGGAGUUGACGAGGAGGAUAGGAUUAGGAUUGUUAUCAAUGAAACUACAAUCAUAAGCCAUCCAGAUUUCCUUGAAUGGAAAUCUCUUGUCACUGCCAUGGCCACAGCAUCCAGCACGACGUAUAUGAAACUCUCAGGCCUAUUUUCAGAAUUCCCUUCACUGGACCAACACUACCGGGGUUCUACAGAACCCGCAGAAAAUGAACAUGCAGUUAUCGACUACAUCGUCAGUCAUGUCCGUCCUUGGACAGACGUCAUUUUCGAUGUCUUCGGGCCACAUCGCGUCAUGUUUGGGUCCGACUGGCCUGUGUGCACUAUUGGGAACGGGGCUGCUGCAUCAUCGUCAGCAGCAGAAAAAAGACGGGAACAAGGUGCUUGGUCGCGAUGGAGAGCUGUCGUGGAAAAGGUUCUUGACGGACGAGCCUUGAGUGAAGAUGAAAAGAGGGAUGUUUGGGGUGGUGUCGCCAUUAGGGCGUAUGGAAUUAGCUGA